CCUUACUAGAAUCGCUGUGUCACUGCUGCUCUUCCUCAGUGAAGCUGUGUGGUCUCUAGGACCCAGCUUCCACUGGUGGCUCGGGACAUGUGACCUGGGUGUUGAUGUUGUGGGUGUGAGUGUUUUGGGCAUGCGGAUGGCCCACAGCCUGGUACAUGGUUGCGUGUAUUGGGCACGGACUGGCGCGCUGAUCUCAGGGGCGGUGGGAAUGAUGAAGCGGACAGUGCUCACCUCCUCCGCCGUCGUCACCCCGGCCUCCAGCCUGCGGGCGCUGCGCUUUGAUAACCGAGCACGGCGCUGCCUGCCUGUGGAGCCCGGGGAUGGACAGGACGAGGACGCGGUGCGGUCCCGGACAGUCCCGGGGUUCUGCUUCUCCCCCGUGCACCCCGCCCCGGUGCACAGCCCCACAGUGGUGGUCCUUUCCCACCCGGCGCUGGCUCUGCUCGGCCUGCAGCUUGGGGAGGACGAGGAGGAAGAAGCGGCCCUGUACUUCAGCGGGAACCGCCUGCUGCCCGGCUCCCAGCCCGCCGCUCACUGCUACUGCGGCCACCAGUUCGGGAGCUUCGCCGGCCAGCUGGGGGACGGAGCGGCCAUGUACCUGGGGGAGGUGAUCAACCCGGCCGGGGAGCGCUGGGAGAUGCAGCUGAAGGGCGCCGGGCUCACCCCCUACUCCAGACAAGCGGAUGGCAGAAAAGUGUUGCGCUCCAGCAUCAGAGAGUUCCUGUGCAGUGAAGCCAUGUUCCACCUUGGAGUACCAACUACAAGAGCUGCUUCUUGUGUCACCUCAGACUCCACAGUGAUCAGAGACAUCUUCUACGAUGGGCACCCCAAGAAAGAAAAAUGCACAAUUGUUUUGCGUGUUGCUCCCACAUUUCUAAGGUUUGGAUCAUUUGAGAUUUUCAAGCCAACUGAUGAAUUUACUGGACGUCAUGGUCCUAGUGUUGAUAGGAAUGAUAUUCGGAUCCAGAUGCUUGAUUAUGUGAUCAGCACGUUUUAUCCAGAUAUACAGGAGAAGUAUGCGGAAAGCAAAACCGAGAGAAAUGCUGCCUUCUUCAGAGAGAUAACAAGGAGGACUGCAAGACUGGUUGCAGAAUGGCAGUGUGUUGGCUUUUGCCAUGGUGUAUUAAAUACUGAUAACAUGAGUAUUGUUGGACUUACUAUUGACUAUGGUCCUUUUGGUUUUUUGGACAGGUAUGAUCCUGAGCACAUUUGUAAUGGAUCUGAUAACAUGGGACGCUAUGCUUACGACAAGCAGCCGGAGAUCUGUAAAUGGAAUUUAGGGAAGCUUGCUGAAGCUUUGGUUCCUGAGUUGCCUUUAGACCUUAGUCAGAAACUAAUUGACGAAGAAUAUGAUGUGGAAUUCCAGAAGCAUUACCUUCAGAAAAUGAGGAAGAAGCUGGGUCUUAUUCACCUAGAGCUUGAAGAAGACGCCAAACUAAUCUCUGAUUUCUUGGACACCAUGAACCUUACAGGUUCGGAUUUCACUAAUACUUUCCGGGUCCUCAGCAAGUUUUCAGGAAAUGCUGGUGACAUAGAUGGAUUCUUGAAUGUAAUCAUUGAACAGUGUGCUAGCGUGGAAGAACUGAAAGUUGUCUUCAAGCCAAAAAUGGAUCCAAGGCAACUUACAAUGAUGCUGAUGUUAGCACAGAGCAAUCCUCAAUUAUUUGCAUUGAUUGGCUCUAAAGUCAACAUAAAUCAAGAGCUGGAACGUAUAGCGAAAUCUGAAAAGUUUGAGCAGUCUAGUUCCGAGGACCUAAUGAAUGAUAACAAGAAGCACUGGGAAGAAUGGCUUAAGAAAUACAGUGCUCGCUUGGAAAAGGAGGAACAAGGAAAUGCUGGAGAUGGUAACACUUUACUUGCUGAAAGGGAGAAAAUCAUGAAUUCCAACAACCCAGUAAACAUUCUGAGAAAUUACAUAGCUCAAAAUGCCAUAGAUGCAGCUGAGAAAGGAGACUUCACCGAGGUCAGGAGGGUGUUGAAGAUGUUGGAAAAUCCAUAUGAGGAGGACGAAUCAUUCUGUGAAGUUCCAGAGGCCUCACCAGAAGAACCAUUGGAAGCCGCUGCCUGUAGAGCCACCACAGUUCCCAAGAUCCCCUACAACAGCAAGCCUCCACUUUGGGCUUCAGAGCUGUGUGUUACCUGAUCGUCAUAAAGUCCUUGUUCCGAUACCUGAAGCUGAAGAACUGAAUUGUUCUUUGGCACAGAGUAUGGCAACCAGGACAAACCAACUACUGUUAGGUUUUUAAAAUUGCAUUUGGAUGUUAAACAUAGCUCUUAUGUGAAAACAUUGCUUAUUACCAACUGUAUUUACCAAUGUAUUUUGAUAUCCAAAUGUAAUUUGCACAUGACGGCAAAAAUAUCAAUUCAGAUUUCUGACCUAUUUUUGCCUGAAAUAAACCUAAUAGUACUACAUUUAUAACCAUGUUUAAAUAGCAUGCUUCUUGCAAGCAAUAAAACCAAAGUAGAACUGUUAAAGAGGUUUUUGGGAUUGUUAUAUUGAUGUCCUAUCCCACUGUGCGAGUGCUUAGGCUUCUUCCUAGGCCAGUGAUGUUAUGUUCAUCGUUUUACAUGGCCUAGGUGCAGCCCAAUACCAUUCAAGUGAAUGGGGUUGAGCAGUGAUCCCAAGCACAGCCACAAUACAAUGGAUGGCACUGCGAGGAGGUCGUAUCGCUCAUCAGUGUUCUGGGAAGUGCCGUGGCUUCUUCAGAUGGCUGAUCGGCAGAAGUGCCGAAGUCAGACCCCUGCUGAUCUCGUAUUGCUGAUCUAUCCUGAAGGUAGGCCAUGAAUAUGAAAAUCCUCACAUUAAACAGUGUCUGAGCUGCAGACACCAUGUUAUAGAACAGGAGGAGCAGAGCUGAUCAACUGUUUGAGAAGGCACCAGCGCUUUAAAUGAUUUAAAAUGUCACUAAUGUCUAUUACUUACUCUUUACUCUCCCCCACUCCUAAACAAAAGAUCCUUUACAUGAGCCAAGGAUCUGGGCAGUCACUUCCUGGUGAUUUCCCUAUGUAAAUAUGCUGCAGAUCAUGCGACAAGCUAGCACAUGCCUAUCUGUUGGGUGACCCAAUUAUUUAUGCUGCAUGUAAAAUUAUCAUUUUUGGCACAUUGCCCUGUGUAAACCGGAAUGUGCUGCUGACAGACAAUGAACAUGUAUGGGGAUGAAUAAACGUACUACAGAGGCGAUGAUUGAUGCAUGUAAAUGCAGCUGACAGUGAUCGAGAACGAACAGUUUGGUCCUAGUGACGGCCCGCUGUAUUGGCCGGUGUAAAACAUACUGUCAGUUGACUACUACUCCUCCUCCCCAUAAUCUAAACCUUUAGUGAGCUCACAGACUUUGAGAAUGUAUAGUUUGGGAGGAGUAAAGAAAAAAGUUCAUAAUAUGUAUACAUAAGGCUACUUUCACAAUAGCGUUUCUUGCGGAUCUGUCAUGGAUCUGCAAAAAACGCUUCAGUUACAAUAAUACAACCGCACGCUUCCGUCAUGAAUGGAUCCAGUUGUAUUAUCUGUAAC